AUGGCAGCAGCUUCGGUGCAGUCGUUAAGCACUCUCUUGCAGCGCGCAUCGAUUGAAGAUCAUGAGGAGGUUCUUAAGGCAUGCAAUGCAGCUUUAAAGAAGUCCAAAAAUGACGUCCACGCCCAGCACGCCAAGGCUGUCGCUCUGCUGAAGCUCGACCGGUACGAUGACGCGUUGCGGGUGCUGGAGGAGGGUGGAGAUGCACUGAAGAAAAGAGCAUCUUUGGAAUACGCAUACGCUCUUUAUAAGUGUGGAAAAUGGAGCGAGGCAGCAGAUGUGGCCGCCAGAUUAGGUUCUGGGAGGGGCGCAAAGCAUGUUGAGGCACAAGCGAGCUACCGCGCUGAGAAAUUUGCCAAUGCUGCAGAAAUCUACAAGAAUCUUUCCAAUGAAGACACGUCACUAGGCAACGAGCAGAACGAUAUACGCAUUAAUACCUUGGCCACAAACGCACAACUGUUAUGGAAAAGAGAGGCCGGUCUAGCUGAAGCUAUACGACCUACAAGAGAAGAUCUCGAGGCCUUCGAAACUACAUACAAUGCGGCUUGCUCAAGUCUUGCGCGAGGAGAUCUCCGCCAAAGUGAGCUUUUACUCAAACGAGCCAAAGAAUUAUGCAAGACUUCAGAGUAUCUCUCGCCGGAAGAGAAGGAAGUUGAGUUAUUUCCUAUUGCGAUCCAGGAGCUAUAUGUCCUUAUAAGACAGGGGAAAUUUGAGAGCGCAGAAGUACUUGUGAAGGAAAUUUCUUUCAAUCAGCAACAUGAAAACCCAUAUGUUCUCCACAAACUUUUCCACAGCACACAAACACCUACAGAUAACGACAAGCUCUUUGAAUUUCAAAAAAAUGCCAUUGUGGGGAAUUCGCAUUCUCUGGACCUCCUCGUCCAGAAAUUCGAUGGAGUAAUUCGAUCUACUUCAAAGGCACUGGCUCAGCGUCCUUAUCCAUCGACAUCCUCGAGCGAUAACAUUCUCUCCGUGUACAACGCCGCAGCACGAGUUCAGGACAAGACAGGGCAAAAAGCGAUUCAAGAAAUUCGCCCGUUGCUAGAGAGACGGCCUAAAGAUGUGGGUUUAGUGCUCACAGUGGUCCAACUCUAUGUCGCCAUUGGGAACAUCACGUCCGCCAUCUCUGCCAUGGAGAAUUUCAUGCGCAUCCUUGAAGAAUCAAUUGCGGAGGCCGACCAGGAUGUGCGUUUUAGUCCAGGGCUUGUCAGUGUUCUCGUUUCGCUCUACCAACUCGAAGGUCGGAAAAACCACAUCAGAGCUGAACUCGGCAAAGCUGCCUCUUACUGGCGUCAGCGGCCUCAGCAACCAACAGCCCUUCUCCGCACAGCUGCGGCGUCGCUUUUGCAUUCCACCGACCCAUCCGAUCUAGCGAUCUCUCAAGAACUGUUCAACAAAAUUCACAACGAGAACCCGGCGGACAGGUUCGCUACAGCUGGCUAUGUGGCCGCAUACGCAACGACAGACGCCAGAAAGAUUGAGGCAGAUCUUGAGAAUUUACCACCAGUCCAAGAGCUUGUCUCAGAUGUUGACGUUGCGGCUCUGGAGGAGGCUGGCGUUCCGCAGUCAUCCAGCAGCAUUGCUGCAACUGCGGCUGUAUUGGCUGGCGCCAGGAAGAGGGCUGCAAACGACCAAAAUGUCCAAUCUAAGAAGCGUGUUCGGAAGUCACGUCUUCCGAAGGAAUAUGAUCCCAACAAGGCUCCCGACCCAGAGCGAUGGUUGCCUCUUCGAGAACGCUCCACGUAUAGGCCAAAAGGGAAGAAAGGCAAGCAGAGGGCAGCUGAGAGAACCCAAGGCGGUAUUGUUAAUGAGAAAACCGAAGAAGCUCUUGCGGCGUCUACUGGACAGCAGCAGAAGGGUAGUAGUGGGGGUGGAGGGAGCUCCAAGAAGAAGAAGAAAGGAAAGCGGUAG